AUGUCAAUAGAAAUUGAAUCUGCUGAUGUAAUCCGUCUGAUCCAGCAGUACUUGAAAGAAUCUAACCUCACUAAGACGCUACAAACGUUGCAGGAGGAGACGGGCGUGUCCCUGAACACUGUGGACAGCGUGGACGGCUUCUGUGCCGACAUCAACAAUGGCCAUUGGGACACAGUGCUGAAGGCUACAGCAUCCCUGAAGCUGCCCGAUAAGAAGCUGAUGGAGCUGUACGAGCAGGUGGUGCUGGAGCUAAUCGAGUUGCGCGAGCUCGGUGCCGCGCGUUCGCUGCUGCGCCAGACCCAUCCCUGCCUGCUCAUGAAGCAACAGGAGACGGACCGCUACAUCCACCUCGAGAACCUGCUGGCGCGCUCAUACUUCGAUCCUCGCGAGGCGUACGGCAGCGGCGGUGGCAAGGAGCGUCGCCGCGCGUGCAUCGCGGCAUCGCUGGCGGGGGAGGUGUCCGUCGUGCCCAGUUCGCGCCUGCUGGCGCUGCUGGGGCAAGCGCUCAAGUGGCAACAGCAUCAAGGGCUACUACCGCCAGGUACCACCAUCGACUUGUUCCGUGGCAAAGCCGCCAUCCGCGACGAGGAGGACGACCAGUGUCCCACGCAACUCUCUAAGAUCAUCAAAUUUGGUCAGAAAUCACACGUCGAGUGCGCCAGGUUUUCACCGGACGGUCAAUAUCUCGUGACGGGUUCUGUGGAUGGUCUAGUGGAGGUGUGGAACUUCACAACCGGCAAAAUCCGCAAGGAUCUCCGCUACCAAGCGCACGAGGAGUACAUGAGUAUGGAGGAGGCCGUCCUCAGCCUCGCGUUCGGGCGAGAUUCCGACACACUCGCCGCCGGAUCCAACGAUGGCAAAAUUAAGGUGUGGAAGGUGUCGAGCGGCCAGGUGCUGCGCAAACUCGACCGCGCCCAUUCCAAGGGCGUCACGUGUCUUCAGUUCACCCGCGACAACACACAGAUCCUAUCCGCCUCCUUCGACCGCACGAUCAGGAUCCACGGGCUCAAGUCGGGCAAGAUGCUGAAGGAGUUCAGGGGACACGGGUCGUUCGUGAACGAGGCGGUGUUCACUCCGGACGGGCACUCGGUGCUGAGCGGCUCGUCGGACGGCAGCGUGAAGGUGUGGUCGGUGCGGUCGGGCGAGUGCACGGCCACCCUCAAGCCGCUCGGCAGCGGAGAGCCGCCGGUCAACUCGCUGCUGCUCACGCCCAAGAACCCGGACCACUUCGUGGUGUGCAACCGCACCAACACCGUGGUGAUAAUGAACAUGCAGGGCCAGAUCGUGCGCUCGUUCUCGAGCGGGCGGCGCGAGCAGGAGGGCGGCGCGCUCGUGUCGGCGGCGCUCAGCGCGCGCGGCCGCCUCGUGUACUGCGCGGGCGAGGACCUCGUGCUCUACGCCUUCUGCACCGCCACCGGCAAGCUGGAGCGCACCAUCAACAUACACGAGAAGGCAGUGAUCGGUCUGACGCAUCACCCACAUCAGAACUUGCUGGCGACGUAUGGAGAAGACGGCCUGCUCAAGUUAUGGAAGCCGUAA